GGGGGCCUGUGCGGGAGGAUUGCACAGGAGCCGUCUCUCCUUUCAUGCCAGCGAGCGGUUGGCGGAAGAGUCUGGACAGAGCCAUUACUCACCAGUCCCCCUUUUGUUUAACCGCCCCGCAGUGCUUGUCUGAAGUUUUCAAUAGGAGCAAAACUUGGAAGCAACCAGAGAGAGACACAGCCCGGAGCCUGGGCUGCAGGAGCCCAGGAUAACUGCGUGGCACAACACUCCUGCUUCAUGGGGAUCCGCCCCUUAACCUGGGAGAAGAGAGCACAGAGCCAGCUGAAUGAAGGAUAGACGGAUGCCAGCGUGCCUGCUCUUGGCACUGGCCUGCAGCUUGCUGGGCUCUGCUUUGGGGGAGUUCCCGGUACACCAGCACCCCGAGAAGCUGCCCCCCCUGGUGCCGCUGCAGCAAGCUCCAGGCUUGAAGGAACGUUUCCUGCUGCUUUCGCUGCACAACAAACUGCGGAGCAAAGUCCAGCCUCCCGCUGCCAACAUGCAGAGGAUGGACUGGAGCGAGAAGCUGGCCCAGCUGGCCCAAGAGCGAGCAGCCAGCUGCCUGGCGGGGGCCCUGCCCCGCCCUCCGCACCGCACCCAGCAUGUGGGCUGGAAUGCCCAGCUGCUCCCCGCCGGGGCGGCCAGCUUUGCUGCCGUGGUGGAGCUGUGGUUCAGCGAGGGACGGAGCUACGACUAUCACGCAGCACAGUGCCUGGAGAACGCCACCUGUAGCCACUACACCCAGCUGGUCUGGGCCACCUCCAGCAGGCUGGGCUGCGGGAAGCACGCCUGGAUCGAGGGCCAGGAGAGGAGAGAGGCUUUCGUCUGCGCCUACUCCCCGGGGGGGAACUGGGAGAUGAACGGGAAGACGAUCAUCCCUUACAAGAAAGGAGCCUGGUGUUCACUCUGCACCUCAGGAUGCUCCGGAUGCUUCAAGUCGUGGGAUCACAGCGGGGGGCUGUGUGAGGUCCCCAGGAACCCCUGUCGGAUGAGCUGCAGGAACGACGGGCGGUUGAACAUGAGCACCUGCCACUGCGACUGCCUGCCGGGGUACACGGGCCGCUACUGCCAAGUGAAGUGCAGCAUCCAGUGUCUCCACGGGCGGUUCCGGGAGGAGGAAUGUUCCUGUCUCUGCGACAUCGGCUACGGCGGAGCGGAGUGCGGCACGAAGGUUCAGUUCCCUUUGCACACCUGUGACCUGAGGAUAGACGGGGACUGCUUCAUGGUUUCCUCUGAGGCAGACACGUACUAUGGAGCCAAAAUAAAAUGCCAGGAGAAAGGAGCCAUGCUGGCCCAGAUCACAAAUCAGAAAGUGCAGGACAUUCUGGCCUUUUACCUGGGGCGUUUGGAACCCACCAAUGAGGUGACAGAGCCGGAUUUCGAGACCCGGAACUUCUGGAUCGGUUUGACCUAUAAAACAUCCAAGGAUUUGUUCCGCUGGGACACCGGCGCCCAGCACUCCUUCACCAGCUUCGCGUUCGGCCAGCCAGACAGCCAGCGGUUUGGGAACUGUGUUGAGCUCCAGGCAUCAGCCGCCUUCAACUGGAAUGACCAGCGCUGCAAGACGCGAAACCGCUACAUCUGCCAGUUUGCUCAGGAGCACAUCUCCCUGUGGCAGCCGGAGCCCUGAGCCCGCACAGCUUCCAGCUGCUGGGUGGUGAGCGCGGCGUCGCCUCCAGCCCGCACGCAGCUUGAGAGAAAGAAUCCGCUGCCACUGUUCUGCCAGGUCCUCUCCAGCCCCCUGGGCGCUCAGCCCAUCCCAGCCACGCUGACACCCCUCCCUAAGGGCCGGGCGCCGGAGGUGGCACCAGGACCUGCCGAGCGCUCAGGGAGAGAGCGAUUCCCGGGCUGCCCUUCCAGCGGGGACGUGGGGAGGCCAGAUCAACCCGCACAGCUGCUUCAGGGGCCCUGACUCCACCAGAGCCAUCGCGGUCGAGCCAGGUGGGGGGUCUCUGGGGUGCAUCCCAGCCCCUUGUCCACAGAACAGCCCCGAGCACCUGUAAAAUAGCCCCUCUCUCACACGUGGCCGCUGGGGCAAGGGCAGCUGCUUUGUGUCCCCACCCCCUUCCUCUGGGGUGUGAUGGCACGUCAGUGCAGGGAGCCCCUCGCUUCCCCCGGCUGGGCCAGAGGGAGCAGGGCACCCCCCGGUGGUUACCCCCAGUCCAUAGCGCUGCGGCCCUGAGACGGGAGUCACUGGCGGGAGUGGACUGGGGAACUGAGUGGCACAGAGCAAGAGGGUGCCUGUCCCGCCUAGAGCUGGCAGUGCUCUGCCAGGGCUGUGGGGUGCGGGGCGGGGCCCCAGGAAUCACAGCCGAGACGUGCCCUGCAAAGAAGGCAGAUGUGGCUGCCGGGUCUAGGCCUCGGUGUCCAGUCGCUAGCCAGGGCCAUCCCGCCUCCCGCUGCAGCUCGGCUGCCCAGGGCAGCCUUCCCCGGGCAGGCAGGUGCAGCGUGGCCACACUCUCGGCCCCACACCCCUUCGCUUUGCCAGUCAGUCCCACCACGGCUCAGUGCUAACGAAGCCGGCUAGCUCCGGUACCGACCCGCUAACCUAGCAGAGCAGGGCUCUGAGCUCCCCUAGGCCUAGAGGCUUUUUGGUUCAGGCCUGUUCCUUCGCCCUGUGUAGCAUGCGCUCCGGCUGGGGGCGCUGUCUAGGCGACACGAACUCUUCCCGCUGUUUGAGAGCUGGGGCUGUUCUAAUAAAGCCGUCUGUCCCUCC